AUGAUGAUGAUGAAUACAUCAAGUAAUGUGACUAGUGUUGAUCAGUUUCAAGCAGUGCUUGGAAAUAAAUUCACCUCUAAAAAUCAACUGAUAGAAUUCAUUUGUCAUGAAUUAAAUUUCCCACUCAAUUCCAUUAUUAAUUUAUAUUUGGUCGGAAGUAGACUCUACAAUUGUCAUGAUGAAAAUUCAGAUUAUGAUUUAUUUAUGAUUAUUCAAAAUGAUUUCACUCUUCCAAAAAUAGAUAAAUUGAAAUGGUUUGAAGUUGAAAAUGAUAAAAUUCUAUUAGAAUCUCAAAAGGAAAUUAUUCAACAAGAUUCAAUUCCAAAUAGAAAUGAAAAUUGUAUCAGUUUUAGAUCUGAUUUAUUAGAUAUUAAUAUUUACAAAAAAAUUCAAUUUGAAUUUGAAUUGAAAUAUUUUCUAGAUCAAAGUUUAUUUGAAAUUGCAUCACUUUCCUAUUAUAGUAAUAAUAAUAGUAAUAAUAAUAAUAAUAAUGAUAAUAAUAAUUUGAAUGAAAUUAAAAAUAGAGAAAGAAUUGAAAAUUGUAUUUUAAUUGAAAAUGAAAAAUAUUUCAUUACAAAUAUUAAAACAGGAAUUGAAAAAUCAUCAUUCAGAUCACCAUUCAGUAGAAAAUCAUCAAAUUCAUAUAUUAAAACUAAAAAGAAAUUAUGUGUUGAACAUGAUUUAAGAGUUGGAUUAAAAUCAAUGUUUCACUCUAUGAAAAUUCUCAUAUUUGCCAUUCAAAUUCUCAAAUUUGGAUUUGUUUAUAAUUUUGAAGAGGCUAAUUCACAUUAUGAAUAUAUCAUGUCUUUUAAUAAUGAUAUUGAAAAAGAACAGGAAUGGUAUGAUAAUGUGUGGAAUCAACUCGAUGCCAAAUUUAAAAUUAUUAAAAAGGAUCUUGAGAGGGAAUUUCACUUGUUGGCGCCAAAAAUUGGAAAACAACAAAACAAUAAAAAGAAAUAG